AUGGAAGCUUCAGCUUCAUUGUCAAAAAUACCUAAUGAAAUCAUUCUGCAUAUACUUUUGCAGUUGCCGAUGAAGGCUGUGAUCCGGUACCAAUGCGUAUGUAAACAGUGGCGUUCGUUGAUAGACGACUCAGAUUUCAAGCUCUCGUAUCGUGGAGAACGAAGAGUGAUUUUGCUUUCGCUCGGAUCCAAAAGCCAGGAUUAUAACUGGAAUUCCAAAUUCUUAGUUAGAUCCACAAGUCAUGAUUCUCGUCUUCAAAUGCAUGAAUUGCCGUUUGGAGAGGCUGCUUAUCCAUUGAUUUGUGCAAGCGACGAAUUGCCGUUUGGAGAGGCUGCUUAUCCAUUGAUUCGUGCAAGCGGCGAAUACCCUGUUAGAUCUUUGUGUUCUUGCAACGGGUUUGUGCUUCUGAUGGCUGUGAGAGAUUUUUUUUUUUGGAACCCGUCCACCAGGUGUUUGAGGAAAGUGCUCGAGUAUCCAUAUUUGGAGGUGCCGGUUAUCCUUGGAGGGCUAUGCUACGACUCGUGCACUAGAGAUUACAAGGUCGUCCUAUCAAUAGACCCGCGGCGUUUAUUUGGCAUUCCAUUUGUUAUCUCUGCAAGCCUCCACCACAAAGAGUGGCGACUAGUGCACUUCUCUUAUAACUUAAAUUAUGCUAGAGGCAGUGUGGAGUUUCGCAAUACAUUUCACUGGUGGGCAAAUGACAUCAAAGAUUUGCAUUUUUCAGGAAGCUUGAUCGUAUAUUUUGAUCCUGUGCGUGAUGAAUUCAAAAUCUUGUCCACUCCCGGACUCAGACAAAAUUUCUCCAUAGUCGGGUUGGGGGUUAUAGAUGACUGUUUAUCCAUGUCAUGCAUGGUUCACAAAGAGGAAAAAUUCAAUACCACAACGCUGCAAAUAUGGAUUAUGAAGGAAUAUGGCAUACACGAAUCAUGGAUGACUGCAUUUGCUAUCCAAAUGCCUCAACUUCCAUAUAAUUUUAUGAGUAGCUUUAGUUUAACAUUCUAUUCUCAGAAAAACAAUGCACAAGAAGUAUUAUUCCUAAGUACUAUGGGUUGGUCCUGGGGGAAAAUAUAUGUUUAUGAUCGGAAAGAAGAUGAACUGAGAGUAGGAUUGCUGGUGGAUUUCCCAAAGAACAACUCAGUUCGUCAUAGUCGUCGUAUAAGCUGCAAUCUUACCUACUCCCAAACUGAGGCACUAGAAAGAAAAUUUGAUAGUUGUGUUGCUUUGGAAGUUAUAGAUGACUGUUUUUGCAUGGCAUGCAUUGUCAUCAAAACAAUACAAGUAUGGACUAUGAAGGAGUAUGCAGACAAGAAUCAUGGAUCAGUGCUUUUGCUAUCCAAAUGCCUUAACUUAGAGAUACUUUUAGCUAUUAUGCCUUCACAUUAG